CGCUCUUGGUGGUAUUACCAUAUUCGGAAGAAUUGUUCUGAAUUUGUUUCUUAAAUAUAUCUCGGCAAUUUUGAGUACCAAUUUCAUUCGUCAAAAUAUGCUCAAAGAUAUUCAAUAAAAUUUAUACCAUAUCCAACUCGAAAGUGGAAUAUUUUUGAGGACCCUGUUUCAGCCCACUGUGCGUUGUUUUGUCUGUGUCCCUCCCUCAUUCACUCUGCCCUUCCCCAACCUGGGCGGAUGUUGCCUUUUGUGUGCCAACAAUAUUGUCAAACUUCAUGUGUGUGCCUCUGUCUUUGUCUGUGCGUGGGCUCCCCUAACCCCACGCACCCACCCAUCCCUUGCAGAUGGUUUAACAGUACCGAUUUAAGGACUAACUCCAGCAGCAUCGUCAGCGCCGGCAUUGCCAAAUGCAAUGAGGAAAUAAUAAAUACAACAUUUUGAGGAAAUUGAAUUGUACGAGUAUGUGCUUAUACCCAUCGCUGUCUCUGCUGGAGUGUGUAUCUCAUUGGAGUCCAUUCGAUUGGGUAAUUGUACAGUCGACAAAAGUUGGAAUAGGGUUUUCUUUUGGAUUAAAGGUGCACAAGUUGGACGAGAUUGUAUGGCAAGCCCAACACAAAAAUAAUCACAGAUCAUUCACUCAAUCAGAUUGUUGUCACACAUUCGAAUAGUAAGAAUAUUUCCAAAAAUAUAACUUUAUACAGGAAACAAUUUCUACAAAAAGUUACGUCUAAAAAGAAGCGGAAAAAAGGCCCUUAACAAUCGAAUGGCCGAAUAUAAACAGAAGAAGAUGUCCCUCAAGCCCGAUGAAAAAUGCUCGAUUUGCAAGCUUGUCAAGACUGAUCCAGUGUCCGCUCACUGCGGCCACUCGUUCUGCUGGGUGUGCAUCAACGAGUAUUUGCUGGCCACUCGCUCCAAACACAAGCGCCGCUGUCCAGUGUGUGCCGUCGACAUGGAGGCUCAUGUUGCCGGUUACGGAGAAAAACUGAAGACGGAUGAUCGUGUGCUCCGUAAUUAUACCAUGGAGGAUGACAUCAAUGGCGACUGUUUCAUUUGCGUGCUUCCCAAGAAGGAUCCGGUGGACACACUUUGCGGACACUCCUUUUGCUUGGAGUGCCUCAAGGAGUACUUGUUCUUCAACAAACACACCAAGAUACGUCGCUGCCCCAAGUGCCACGUCAGUAUUGAAUCUGAUUUUGCCAUUAAGAAAUGAUGGCUCAUAGAUAAAUAAAUGUGAAUGCUGGGCCAAA